ACUACUUUAUCGGAGGCAAUUUUUAUCAGUAGAAAAGGAGAGCAUGAUCAUAUAUAUCAAUGAUUUUACCUACGGUGAAAAUAAACCACAGUCGAAUGUCAACUCAGCCGUUAUCACUUCAGCGCGGCAUUAAUUUGCUAUACAUUUACACAGAAUUUCGUAAGGCAAAGAAUCGAGGAGAGUAAGAUGUCAGUUUACUCGUUGGACUCGCUGGAGGUGGGGGAUUGCAGCUCACGAUUAGAGAUCGGUGGGUUCCUUGUGUGCAUCGAUGAGAGAAUCGUUUAUUCAAUUCGGAGUGAAUUCCAGGCUGCGAGGCUGUCCGAAUCGCUGGAAAAUGGGGUGACUCCAAAUCAACCCAGCCAGACGGAAUUCUCCAUACAGAAUUAGCAACGAAUCCGUUAAUUUUGCUCGAUUAUACCGCAGCCGACGAAUCGUUAACUAGUUCGAAAUUCCGAGUAAGACAAAUCACGUCGCUGCUGCCGCUCCCGAAGAGAAUCAUGCCCAAGGUAGAGUCGGCGGCUGAUCCAAACAAGAAGAAGAAAAAGAACAAGGAAAAAGAUCACUCGAAGAGCGUCGACAAUAACACCUCGCUGAUGAAGAAUGACAAGAAGCUUGGGACCGUUCUGACUCCUCCAGUCGUCGAGGCUAAGACCAAGGCCAAAAGCUACCUGGAACAGUACCGCGAAAGAAUAGGUGUUCCGUCCCAGGGGCGAAUUCGCUCUCCAGAAGGCUCGAUGUUGUCGGUAUUCGGCGACACUUGCCAGAAUUCGGUCAGCAACGUGGACAGUCGACCGCCGAGCGGGACGCCCAGAGACGAUCAAAGUGAGCUCAGCUUUUACCGCCGACUAAUUCGACACCAGCCCCGAACCACGCGUUCCUACGACCCCGAGCAGCUCAUCACCGCCACAAACGACUGGCUCAAGAGCGUGUCCGAUUACGGUCUGAGCCUGUCGGAACAUCGACGAAGGUCGUAUCGCCCCUACAGCGUCACAGACCUGAAGAGUCUGACGGUACCAAGAGCCGACCGAUCUCUGGGACCCGACACCGCGGAGACGCGAGCCAAGCUGGAAACAUUGACGCGACGUAUCGAGUAUGGAGACUUGGCGAGUUCACGGAACCGGAAGAACUUAUGUCGAAUUUUCGAGCUCCGCAAGUGCAGGAGAACGAACGCUCGACAACGUACCGUCGGAUUCCCUUUGGUGGGGCUGGAUGACGCAGCGUCGGAACGAGCAACGGAGUCAAAGGUAGAGCCGGAGAAGGCGGGGGACGAAGAGAAAAAAACUCGACGCUCGUGUCACAGCCGGAGGAAAGAGUUGUCGCAGUCGACCGUGGCCGAGCACACGAGUCAUCCGAAGGGUUCCCCGAAGGCAUUUGAAACCGCGGUUAAACGGUCAUCCCGCAUCUCGUUGGGAGAUAAUGCGAAUAGUUCUAGCCUCGAGGAUCUUCAGCGGCGUCAUCAGAAUGAAAAGAGAAUUAUAGACAUGAUGAUAAACCGCACUUUGCGUCGCUGA